UUAUGCUCAUGGUCAGGUCUUUACUUUUGAAUUGGUAUCUUGCAGAGUUACCGAGCUUUCAGUAUUGCCCAUGAAUUUUGAUAGCGCUUGAAUACCGCAGUAUUUUCUAAUUCGUUUACACAAUUCGUUAGCUGGUGUGCCGCAUAUAUGUAAAACUACAGAAGCGUCAUUAUAAGGGUGACACAAAAGAAUUUACUGUACUUACAGUUAGUGUUCGUUUUAUAUUAAUUCGAACAAUGCUUGCGCGGCCGUCCCUUUCUUACAGCCAGCUGCUGGCGUGUUGUUUCGGCAUUCAGCUGUUUGUUGGAUUGGAUUUAUCAACCUUGAUCAGUAUAGCUUUGCACGAUUAUUCCCUGCUGCAUUACACAAUUUUCCCGUACAGCAUUCCAAUGGAUCUCGCUGUUAUUUUAUUGGCUUUUGCAACGGCCACACUAGGAUUUUACACACUCCGCUCAAAAUCGCGGCACGAAAUCAUACUGGAAUCCCUGUCGUUGUGUAAUGCCGUCCUGGCAAGCAUAGUAGUCCUGCUCCUCGUCCAUAAGCUGGUUGAAAUGAUAUCUUACUCCCUGAACAUGGAUGCUUUUGGCCCUGACCAUUCAUGGAAGUUUUGGGCCUGGUGGACGUUUAUCCUGUUGUCUGUACUGGUGCUACAAGCCGCCACCGUUGCUGGUAUCCGUGGGAUAAGGUCAUAUAGAGAAGAGCACGAACUGGUCAGCAGCUGGAAUACUGGAGAAACGUUUGCCAGAGAAAUGACAGUGCUGAAGCUUUAUUCCGCAAUAGAAAUCAUUCUUGGAAUAGUUCUUCUUUUGGUUGAUUUUGCAGGCGGUGUUAUGGGCCCCAUCGGCGGUGCUCAAAUUUACUGGUAUGCUUCAAUUAUUGUGUUUGUUAUCGGUGGACUUGUUACAUUCUCCGGUGUCUGGGGUGUGGUUUUAUCGCGUCGAAGCGUUGUUGUGAAGCGUCAAUUUGACGCAAUAACUACCAUCAGCUACGCAGUGAUUGCAUUGACUACCCUGGUCUUUGCUCUUUUCGCUAUUACCACGGCCGUUCUGACUGCGUUAUUUGCCAAUCAAGUACACUUCAAAGAAUUUUGGCAUUUCUUUACCGUAACGGGAUGCGCAAAACUACUCACCCUGGUUGUUAUCUUUGUAAUGUCCAUCCGAACCAGCCAGCUGACUUCCGAGCGUGCGCAGUCUUUCUUGGCGGAACUGGAUUAUACCCUAGCGGACACCGUUAACACCACGUCGGAGAAGCAAAGAAAUAUUAUGUGGGCAUAAAUACUACACGGGCAUCGUUCUGUGCUUAAUUAUAACUAUUUUUGAAGUCCAUACGUAUACUUAUUCACUCGAAACCUCUUCUCUCUUUUUUUAUUGAUAGCGGUUCACUAUGCGUAUGGGCAAAUAACGUGUGAAGAAAAGCCUUGACUACACCAACUCUUAAUUCAAAUUUCAAGGCAUCUAUGGCUUCCUUUAAAGAUUUCAUAAUAACACAAAUAAAGAUAUCGAAUAG